AUGGCCCUCGCGCGACUCCUGCUGGGCCCGGCCGGGCUGGCCGUGCUGCUCGCCGCCGCCGCCCUCUUCCUCGCCUCCCGGGCUGCCGGCCUCGGCGGCGGCUCCUCGCGGCCUCGGCGGUUCCCCCGGCUGUUGCUCCCCCGGCUGGUGCUCCCCCAGCGCGGAGGGCGCCCGCCGCUGCCGCCCGGCCCGCCCGGCGAACCGGUGCUGGGCCACCUCCGCGUGGUGCCGGCGUACGGGCCUGAGUACGCCUACAUGCGGUGGUCGCGCGAGUACGGCUCCGACGUGCUCUUCCUGCGCGUCCUCGGCCAGCCCGUCGUGGUGCUCAACUCGGUGCGCGCGGCCGUCGACCUGCUCGACAAGCGCGGCGCCAACUACAGCGACCGGCCGCGCUUCGUGCUCUUCGAGGUCAUGGGCUGGGGCAAGACGCUGACGUUUCUGCGCCACGGGCCCGACUUCCGCACCCACCGCCGCAUCCUGCAGCGCAGCUUCCAGAAGGGCAGCAUCGUGCAGUACCAGGCGCUGCAGUGCCGCGAGACGGCCGUCAUGCUCCGGGGCUUCCUGGACCGCGGGCCCGGCGGCGGCUGGGACAAGGCGCUGCGGCGCUUCGCCACGGCCGUCGUGCUGGGCAUCGGCUUCGGCAUCGCCAUCGACAGCGACGACGACCCCUUGGUCCAGGUCGCCGCCGACGCGAGCUACGCGCUGGGCCACGGCGGCGCCCCGGCCGGCACCCCCGUCGACUUCUUCCCCUUCCUGCGGUGGCUGCCGCGCUGGUUCCACGACCGCUCGCUGCGCUUCGCCCGCGACUGGCGCUGGGCCAUCCGCGGCCUGCACGACCGGCCGUUCGAGGCGGUGCUGGCGCUCGCGGCGCGCGACCGCCGCCGCUCCCUCAUCAAGGAGAUGCUGGACCAGCGCGAGGCGCAGCUCGCGCGCGGCGAGACGCCCGAGCUGACGCACGACGACAUCAAGGGCGCGGCGGGCGCCGUCUUCGCCGCCGGCCAGGACACGACGUGGGCGACGCUGCUCGUCUUCGUCCUCAACAUGGUGCUGCACCCGGAGGUGCAGGACAAGGCGCGGCGGCUGCUCGACGAGGUGGUCGGCCGCGACCGGCUGCCGGCGUUCAGCGACAGGCCGCGCCUCACGUACAUCGACUACAUUGUGCAGGAGGCGCUGCGCUGGUGCCCCGUGUCGCCCAUCGGCGUGCCGCAUCGCUCGCUCGCCGACGACGUCUACAACGGCUACUGGAUCCCCGCGGGGUCCUUUGUCUACGCCAACGCGCGCGCCAUGACGCACGACCCGGACACGUACUCGGACCCGGACGCCUUCAACCCGGACCGGUUCGCGCCGCCGGCGGGAGGCGAAGAGGGCGGCGGCGGCCUGGGCGAGCCGUUCCCCAGCGGCCAGUUCGGCUUCGGGCGGCGCGUCUGCAUCGGCAAGCACCUCGCCGAGGCGAGCGUGUGGAUCGUCGUCGCCUCGGUGCUGAGCACCAUGCGCAUCGAGAAGGCGCGCGACGAGCACGGCAACGAGAUUGAGCCCGAGGUCGAGCUGACGCAGGGCCUGACGAGCCACCCCAAGCCGUUCCCCUGCCGCAUCGUGCCGCGCGACGAGCGGGCGGCGGAGCUGGUGCGGCGGGCCGAGACGUGA